AUGGCUAAGGAUUCGGAGCCAGAAUUCUACCUCAAGUGGAGACACUGUGAGACCCCGGGCGUGAAGACGCUGGGCGACCUCAGGAAGCUUCUGCACCGACUGCAGAGAGAGCACAAGGAAGAUGUCUUGCUCUACACCUCAGGCCACCUCAAUCCCAGCAAGCUCUACCGGCCGCCCGAGACCCACCUGCCCGCCUGGUGCGGCACCAGCAGGCCAAAGGGGGAAGCGGCUUCUGCAGUGGGAAAGCCACCCGACAGGAAUGUCGCCAAGAUGAAAGAUGCUUGGGCUCAUUUUACCAUCAACACAGCUCUGCUCCCUGAUGAGACCGGAAACAAGCGGCUGUUCAGGUACCUGAACCCCCAGGCGCGGGCCUCCCACACUUCCAGAGAGGACUUCGCUCCCAGGCAAGGAGAGAAGGCGGAGAGGGGCACAGGCUUUCCUGGAGGACGCAGGAGAGAGGAGCUCAGGCUGCCCCAGAUGAAGGUGCUGAGGUACCGGGAGCCAGGGUCCAGCCGCAGCUGCACCCUGACGGCCCCAGGCCCGGACGAGUACCAGUACAUCAACUCCUACCUGGCCGGCAUAACCAAAGCCGACAGGUACCAGAAGUUCUUGAGUUUCCAAAAGCAAGUUCUGGCAAAGCAAGAUCUACUGAAGAGGGAUUUCACAGGGGCCAAGGUGGCAGCGGGCCAUGAGAAGAAGUUGGAGGAGAAACUCCAGAAAAUAUGCACGUGCCUCCCGCAAGAGCUCAGCAGGCUGCAGGUCUUAGGAGAAGUGUUUGAAGAUGUCUGCAACAGUUCUUUGAUAUUUGGCGACAUCUUAAAAGAAGUUAAGGAUGAAUAUGAACUCUACAUGACCAUACUCCUGUGCUCCCAGCCCACGGAGCAGUAUGAGACUUACCUGGCCGAAGCGAAAGAGCUAGAGAAGAGUCCCGWGCAGAGAGGGGAUAUUGACCAGGCCAGGGAGGAGCUGAGGAAACUCGUGAAGGCCACCAGAGCGGCCCUGGAGCACCACAACAAACUCAGAGAUGAAUUAGAGGUGGAGAACAAACUGCUUCGAAUCACUAAGGAAAGAUCAGAAGAAAUGGAGAAAAAAUUAAUUGAUGAGGAACAACUUACUCUUACGGAGAAGGUUGAAAUUCAGAGAUGUGAAAUACUCAAGAAAUGGGAUGAAAUUCAAGACCUUGAAAAGCAAAUUAAAGCAACACUGGUGCACACUGGAAUUUCAGGCAUUGCCGAGAAUAAGCUUAAAAGCAUAGAGAAUGAAGCUAUAAGAUUGGAAACAUCAAAUAGGAUCCUAAGUAAGAAAUUGGAAGCCAAUGAAAACCAUUUGAAGCAGUUCAUGAGAAAGAGUAAGAUCAGUGAGGAGGAGCAGCAGUGA